CGUUCAUCAGUUGUCGAAUCAAUAGCGGAACUUUCAGUUUCAGUUUCCAACUCUCACGUUCUCCCAUCUAAUAAUAAUAAGAUUGUUUGCGGUAUAUUUGAAAAAUAAGUCAACUGACUCGUCAGACCAUCCUUUGCUGAAACAUAAGACUGAGACUUCAGCAGAGGGUGUAGAGUCGGGACAGAACAGCUACGAGCGUCAAAACCGAGGAAUGGAGAUCUGGCUGAGCCCCAAACACCGACUCCCCUUCUGCAAGCUCCGGUAGUUUCAUGGGCAAAAUGCAUUGUAUUUACCGAGCACCUAAUCAAGCAAAACAGUCUCCGCAAGAGUGCGAAAUCUCGGAUCGCAGCGAUUUAUUUACGCGUGUUUGACAGUAAUUGGAGAUCUUUAGGAAAUACCCACUAAUGGAAUAACGUAACCUGUUACCUACGCAAGGAAAGCUUACAACGUCCGUUUUGUCGCUCGAUUCCUUGCCUGAAAGUAUAAGGAAUGUUUGGCAUACAGAAACGAAGGCUGUUUGGUGUUCUUUCAUUACCGGUAAUUGUGGCAGUGAUGUGCUGUGCUCAAAGCGCCAAUGAACCAGGAAACAUGUCUUUUGUCAAAGAGACGGUGGACAAGCUUCUGAAAGGCUAUGAUAUUCGUCUUCGACCGGACUUUGGAGGUGCACCGGUGGCAGUUGGCAUGAGCAUCGAUGUGUCAAACAUAGAUAUGGUGUCUGAGGUCAACAUGGACUACACAUUGACCAUGUAUUUCCAGCAGUACUGGAGGGACAAGCGGCUCGCAUAUUCUGGGAUCCCUCUCAAUCUUACCCUAGACAACCGGGUAGCCGACCAUCUCUGGGUUCCUGACACGUAUUUCCUAAAUGACAAGAAGUCUUUUGUCCACGGUGUCACAGUGAAGAACCGCAUGAUCCGCCUGCACCCGGAUGGCACAGUUCUUUAUGGACUAAGAAUCACAACCACUGCGGCUUGCAUGAUGGAUCUGAGAAGGUAUCCAUUAGAUGAGCAGAACUGCACUCUGGAGAUAGAGAGUUAUGGAUACACAACAGAUGACAUCGAGUUUUACUGGAAGGGAGGAGAAAAUGCAGUGACUGGUGUGUCACGUAUCGAGCUCCCACAGUUCUCCAUCGUGGACUACAAACUUGUGUCCAGAAAUGUUGUCUUUUCCACAGGUGCUUAUCCUCGACUAUCUUUAAGCUUCAAGUUAAAAAGAAACAUCGGCUACUUCAUCCUGCAGACCUACAUGCCCUCAAUCCUGAUCACCAUCCUGUCCUGGGUCUCCUUCUGGAUCAACUAUGAUGCCUCAGCAGCCAGAGUGGCAUUAGGUAUUACCACUGUGCUGACCAUGACCACCAUCAACACCCACCUGAGAGAAACACUUCCGAAGAUCCCCUAUGUCAAAGCCAUAGACAUGUAUUUGAUGGGCUGUUUCGUCUUUGUCUUCUUGGCUCUGCUGGAAUAUGCUUUUGUCAACUACAUUUUCUUUGGAAGAGGGCCUCAGAUGCAGAAGAAGUUGGCCGAGAAAGCUGAAAAAGCCAAUAAUGACAACAACAAGUAUGAUGGCAACAAGUCUGUUCAGGAGGGAGGCAACUGCAAGCCAUCAUCUGUUAAACAGUCCAAUCAGGUACAAGGCCACCAUCACUCACAAGGGGUUGACUCCCAGGGAAAUAUCCUUCUGACCACCCUGGAGAUCCACAAUGAGGUGGCCGGGAAUGAGGUCACCACCAGCGUUAGCGAGACCCGAAACUCCACUUCAAUGGUGUUCGAUAACUCAGGGAUCCAGUAUCGUAAACAGAGCACUGCGCGGCCCGAUGGCCGCCACAGCAUGGGCAGGACCACGCAGCCAAAGAAACCGCGGCUACGUAGACGCUCUUCUCAGCUCAAAAUCAAAAUCCCUGACCUCACAGACGUGAACGCCAUCGAUCGAUGGUCACGGAUAAUAUUUCCUUCAGCUUUCUCUCUUUUCAACUUGAUCUACUGGCUGUAUUAUGUGAAUUAGGCCUGAGACGUCAAUGGGUUUUUGUCCCUUCACAAUAUUUUUUUAUGUUGCCAAGUGGAAAAUAGAGACUUUUUUUGCUCUGACGUACUUAAGGGAUGUACUUAUAUGCGCCAUAUAUAUCAAGGUUUUUCUACAAUUGAGCCUUUGUUGUGAAGAGUUCGGAAGGAAAGCUACCUGCACUAAAACCCAUUCUCACAUACAGUAAAUAUGUACUCAAACAUUCCCAUUCUCACAAACACAGAAUCUGUUUUCUAAAGACUAUCUCUGUACAUACAUGUUGCAAUUUUUGAAGCCACAGGACUUCCGCAUGAUGCACUCAGAACUGUUUUCGAUUUGUACAUGUUCCUAUGUUAUUUCAAUUGAAAGAUGCUAAUUGCAAAUGUUUCAUGCCAAUAAAUAUUUAUUGUUUGAGCGCAGGAGCCUAUUAUUGAAAGAUGAUCAUAUAGUUGUGGAAGUGCAGUAUAUAACAAGGGUAGUAGGUCAAAUCAUGUCUUCAGUUUCAAAGCUCGCUACAUAAACAUCAGCUGCACUAAACGUUGCUGUUAUGAUCUUGUUCAGACAAAGUGUGUACUGUAUACAAUCAUGUUAUGAUAUGCUUCUGGAACAUGAUUUUCAUCUGUCUUGGGUUGAUAUGAUUAUACGCCACUUUUUUUGCAAUCAUCAUGUAAAGUGCUUCAGUACAUGCAAGAUAAGAUAAUAAUUGUAUCUCAUUUCAAGAAUAUCAUGAAUGAAGAAAAAGAACUAUAUAUAUAUAUAUAUAUAUAUAUAUAUAUAUAUAUAUAUAUAUAUAUAUAUACUGCAAAUGUUGAGUAUUUAAAUCAGGGCCUUCAAUGGAUUUCCACAAUGGCAUCAUGAACAUCAAGCAUAACUAGACGAACAGUCCUGACACUGUUUUGGUUUUUGUUAGUAGAUGUGUAGCAUUACUGUAUGGUUUUCAAGUGAGAGGUUUGGGUGUUUUAUUCCCCUCCAUUUUUUUAAAGAAUGCCUGAGUCAUUUCAGAUAUCAUUGUGGGCCUAUUGUAAACAUUGUUUGGCCUAUUUACAAUGCAUCACUUCAUUUCCUUCCCUUCUGAAGAGGGUUAUUUCCAUUGACGGUAAAUGGAAAAGCUUGUAAUGCAUUUGAGUGAAUUAUACAUUGACAUUAAUACACAACUUGUCUCAGGUUCUUGUCCAGCAUGAAAAUGACCCAAAUUUUUCUCAUUGUCAGUAUUCACAUCAUAUUUGUUGUGAUUAAUUUGUAUUAUAUCUUUGUGUACAGCAACCACAAUUACAUAGAUUUAGACAGCAUGACAUUGUUUGCAUUUAGAGAUACUACACUAAUUGUUUAUGAUUAUGUUUAGGGAGAUUUCGUUACCACCUCUCAUAUGCACUUACUCUGUUUCAGGGGCUGAAAACUGCUGUCUGGUUGAGAGCAAUGUUGUAUAUUCAUGCUUGCAAAUCAUCUGAAUAUAUUUAUAAAUCUCUUUAAAACAUAUCCCCGUGUGCUGUUAACAUGUCAUAUUAACAGGUUGCUUUGCAGUGGCAUUGUGUCAGUAGAUGCUCAUUAAUUCUUUAAUUACUUUUCUUCCCUCUUCUAUUGUUUGUUGUAAAUAUAUAACCCACAAUCCACACAUGUGACCCAUAUGUUUCAUUCUCUUUUUUUAUAUAUUCACUUCUGAGGUUUUAUUCUGUACAGUCAACCCCACAAAUGACCAGAUCUCUAUUUAUGAAAUGUACUUAAAUGAUUAGGGGUGUGAAUGUCCUGAGGACAAUAUGAGGAAAUGGAAUAAACUUUACUCUUUCAAGUAA